AUGUCGUUCACAACACCGCCCCACCGCCUCAUCUCGCACCUGAAGAACACGUCGCGCGCGGCGCUCGCGCGCACGUCGGUGCCCUACUCGAACGCCGCGGUCGGUGUGACCUCCGCGCUCCUGCGCCACGGCCUCAUCUCCAACAUUGCAAAGGGCACGCCCACGCACCCCGCCCCGGCAGAGUUCGCGGCCCUCCCCAAGCCCGCGCAGCGCCUUUGGGUCGGCCUCAAGACGCGUAACGGCCUCCCCGUCAUGCGCCACCUCGACCUUGUGAGCAAGAGCUCCCUCCGCGCCACGGUCGACAAGGACGAGCUCGGCCGUCUCCUCAUGGGCAAGCGUGCGCGCAACAUUGCCGGCGCGGGCACCGCCGAGAUCUUCGUCAUCAAGGUCGCCUCCGACUCUUCCAUCGGCCGCACGGGUGCCGACGUCUACAUGGAGGGAUGGGAGGCCUACCGCGCCGGCCUCGGUGGCGAGGUCAUCUGCCGCGCCAGCUAG